ACAGGGGGAACCUGUUUCGCAGCCCGGGAGCAGUGCUUCUUCCUGUGAGGGCCUCGCCGUGCAGCCACUUCUCCUUCCGCUCCUGCGGCUCCCGGGACGGCGAGAGGCAAGCGGAAGGUGCGCGAACGCCGAGGCCUGAGGUGACCGGCGGGAGCUGGGCAGUCGAGGCCACCGGCGUAGCCAUGUCGCUGUGGGGGCAGCCGCUGCAGGCCUCACCUCCCCUGGCCGUGCGGCAGCCCCCUACCGCGUCCUCGGGACCUUCGACCUCCCCUCCAGCCGGCGCAACCCUCAACCGCCUGCCCGAGCCGCUGCUGCGGAGGCUCAGCGAGAGCUUGGACCGCGCUCCGGAGGGCCGGGGCUGGCGGCAGCUGGCCGAGCUGGCGGGCAGUCGGGGACGCCUCCGGCUCAGUGGCCUGGACCUGGAACAGUGUUCUCUUAAAGUAUUGGAGCCAGAGGGAAGCCCAAGUUUGUGUUUAUUGAAACUAAUGGGUGAAAAAGGAUGUACAGUCACAGAACUGAGCGACUUCCUACAGGCUUUGGAGCACACUGAGGUUCUUCCGCUUCUCAACCCCCCAGGAUUAAAGAUCACUGUAAACCCAGAAUCCAAGGCAGUGUUGGCUGGACAGUUUGUAAAACUGUGCUGCCGGGCAACUGGACAUCCUUUUGUACAAUAUCAAUGGUUCAAAAUGAAUAAAGAGAUCCCAUAUGGAAAUUCAUCAGAACUUGUUUUUAACACAGUGCAUGUAAAAGAUGCAGGCUUUUAUGUCUGCCGGGUUAACAACAGUUCCACUUUUGAAUUUAGCCAGUGGUCACAGCUGGAUGUGUGUGAUGUGGCAGAAGUAACAGACAGCUUCCAGGGAAGUAUGGAUGGCAUCUCAGAAUCCAGGUUGCAAAUCUGUGUUGAACCAAGGUCCCAAAGGCUGGUGCCAGGCAGCAUGUUGUUGUUACAGUGUGUUGCUAUUGGAAGUCCUAUGCCUCACUACCAGUGGUUUAAAGAUGAAUCACCAUUAACACAUGAGACAAAAAAGCACUACACGGUUCCAUAUGUGGAUAUAGAACAUGAAGGAACCUACUGGUGUCAUGUAUAUAAUGACCGAGACAGUCAAGAUAGCAAGAAGGCAGAAGUCACCAUAGGAAGAACAGAUGAGGCAGUGGAGUGCACUGAAGAUGAAUUAAACAAUUUGGGGCAUCCUGAUAAUAAAGAACAAACUGGCCAGCCUUUGGCAAAGGACAAAGUCGCCCUUUUGAUAGGGAAUAUGAGUUACUGGGAGCAUCCCAAGCUUAAAGCGCCUUUGGUGGAUGUGUAUGAAUUGACCAACUUACUAAGACAACUAGAUUUCAAAGUUGUCUCACUGUUGGACCUUACUGAAUAUGAGAUGUGUAACGCUGUGGAUGAAUUUUUACUACUUUUAGACAAAGGAGUAUAUGGAUUGUUAUAUUAUGCAGGGCACGGUUAUGAAAACUUUGGAAACAGUUUCAUGGUCCCUGUUGAUGCUCCAAAUCCAUAUAGGUCUGAAAAUUGCCUAUGCGUACAAAACAUACUGAAAUUAAUGCAAGAAAAGGAGACUGGCCUGAAUGUGUUCCUGUUGGAUAUGUGUCGGAAAAGAAAUGACUACGAUGAUACCAUUCCAAUCUUGGACGCACUGAAAGUCACUGCCAACAUUGUGUUUGGAUAUGCCACGUGCCAAGGAGCAGAAGCCUUUGAAAUCCAGCAUUCUGGGUUGGCAAAUGGGAUUUUUAUGAAAUUUUUAAAAGAUAGAUUAUUAGAAGACAAGAAAAUUACUGUGUUACUGGAUGAAGUUGCAGAAGAUAUGGGUAAAUGUCACCUUACCAAAGGCAGACAAGCUCUAGAGAUUCGCAGCAGCUUGUCUGAAAAGAGAGCACUUACUGAUCCAGUCCAGGGAGCACCUUGCUCUGCAGAGGCUCUGGUGCGCAAUCUACAGUGGGCCAAGGCUCAUGAACUUCCAGAAAGUAUGUGCCUUAAAUUUCAGUGUGGCGUUCACAUUCAAUUAGGAUUUGCCGCAGAGUUCUCCAAUGUCAUGAUAAUCUACACAAGUAUAGUCCACAAACCACCUGAGAUAAUAAUGUGUGACGCCUAUGUUACUGAUUUCCCUCUUGACCUAGAUAUUGAUCCAAAACAUGCAAACAAGGGGACUCCUGAAGAAACUGGCAGCUACUUAGUAUCAAAAGACCUUCCCAAGCACUGCCUCUACACUAGACUCAGCUCACUACAAAAAUUAAAGGAACAUCUGAUCUUCACAGUCUGUCUGUCCUAUCAGUAUUCAGGACUAGAAGACACUGUGGAGGAGAAGCAGGAGGUGAACGUGGGGAAGCCUCUUAUUGCCAAGCUAGACAUGCACCGAGGACUGGGCAGGAAGACUUGCUUCCAAGCUUGUCGUAUGCCUGACGAGCCGUACCACAGCUCCACAUCUACCUCAGCGGGAGCGGGGCAUUUCCAUUCCUCUCAGGACUCAUUCCAUGAUGUGUACCAUUCACAUCUUGGCAAUGCAGACAGUGGUAUGCCACCAGACAGGUGUCAUUGCAGCCGGACUCCACACACAUUCAUUUCAAAUUAUCCCCCCCACCACUACUGCCAGUUUGGUAGAAGUAAUGUGCCCGUAGAGACAACUGAUGAAAUGCCAUUCAGUUUUUCUGACAGGCUUAUGAUUUCUGAAAACUGACCUUCAUGGUUUUGAAAAUUAGAAUAGUUACAGUAAUCUCACAUAAAUUAACACAUAAAGUGAGGUGUGGUGAAAAGGCAAACAUGUAUGUAUGGAGAGAAAACUAGCAACAACUCUUUUUAUAGGAAUAUGAGAUGUUGGAAUUACGUUAUUUAAGCUGGGCAGUGAUGACACACACUUUUAAUCUCAGCACUCAGAAGGCAGAGGAAGGGGCAGAUCUCUGAGUUUGAGACCAGCUUGGUGUACAUAGUGAGUUCCAGGACAGCCAGAAAUACAGAGAGAAAUCCUGUCUAACAACAACAACAAAAAUUACAUUAUUUAUCUAAACUGUCUUUUGCUUUUGUCCUGUUGUAAGACUUUGUGAAUUAAUUUGUUCUGUAAGAAUGAUGUGUGGGGCCUGUAAAUAUUGCUCAGUGGUACAGUGCUCAGCUAAUAUGUGGAAGGUUCUGGACUUGCUCAUCAUUACUAGAGGGGAAAAUGAGUUAUUAGAGUAAAUAUGUAUGUGUAUCAGAUAUUUUCAUUUUGACCACUCAUAAGAGCAAUGAAAAUGGCAUUAUUAUAGAUUGAGUUAUGUCAUUAGCACGGAAAAAGAACCCUUUCUCUUUUUCAGAGUUAUUUUAUUUAUGUGUAUAUGUGGAGACCUGAGUGUAUAUGUGUGCUAAUGGAGACCAGAAGAGGGCAUCAGAUACUGGAACUGGAAUUACAGGCAGGUGUGAGCACUCAGUGUGAAUGCUAAAAGCUGAGCCCACUUCCUCUGCAAGUGUUCUUAACAUCUCUCAACCCCGAAAGAACCUUUCAGUCAUCGGGCUUAAUAACUUCAUUUUAUCAAUGGGAAAAACAGAGGCAAUCUGUCUUACACUGGAGCACAGCUGAAGUCUCAGCUCUGGUCUCAAAUUUCUCUUCCACUGCUUUCUACUCUUCAAGUGGUUUAGACAUCUAAAAAAGUCUUAAGAGUGUGGUGGUGCAUGCCUUUAAUCCCAGCACUCGGGAGGCCGAGGCAAAUAGGUCUCUGUGAGUUUAAGACCAUCCUUGUCUACAAAGAAAGUUCAGAAGAGCCAGGGCUACACUGAGAAACCUGUCAAAAAAAAUUCUUAGAGCUAAGGUAAUGGCUCACUUAAUAGAUUGCCUGCUGCAAAGUGUGAAGACCAGAGAUUGGAUCCCAGAACUGACCUAAAGGAUGGGGUCAUAGACAGCCGAAUCAAUGACCUCUAGGGUCAGUGAAAGACUGUCUAAUGUAGAAAGCAACUGAGGAAGACAGCCAGUGUCAACCUUCAGUGUCCUGUUGUGUGUGUGCACAUGUACUCACAUAAAAACAUACAUACAGAGAGAGGUCUUGGGGGAAUGCUAACACAGAGAAUAGGCAUUUGGACUGGGGAGGAAGAAGCUGAUGUCAGCUUACAGCUCAGGUCAUACUCCAUCACCAAGGGAAGUCACCAGCGCAGAGGCCAUGGAUGAGUGCUGCUUACUGGCUUGCUCUCCAGGGCUUGCUCAGUCUGCUUCCUUAUAGCACUUAGGACCAGCAUCCCACAGUGUGCUGGGUCCUCCCAUAUUACUCACCAAUCAAGAAAAUGCCCCACAGACCCUGCAGGCCAAUCUGAUGAAAGCAUUUUCUCAGUUGAGGUUCCUCAUCCAAAAUGACUAGUUUGUGUCAAGCUAACAGAAAAACGGCCAGUGUAUGGACGUUUCCCUUAACAUCUUUAAAGUGUGUGACUUUUCAAGUCUCUGGCUUGAGCACAAAGGUAACCUUGUCAAUACAUCCCAAAUUCUUGUCAAAUCCCAUAGCCGGAGCUUAGGUAACUGCUGUGCACAUGGACACAAGUCUAACAUGCCUAUUUUACUUCUGUGGGCGUUCUUAACAAGCAGCCUAGUGUAUUGUACAUUGUUUCCUGUUGUUUAAAACAUCUGUAGGGGGGGGAGCUAAAUAAAAUUAAUUUUAAAAGAUAUGUUACAGGGGCUGGAAAGAUGGCUCAGAGGUUAAGAGCACUGGCUGCUCUUCCAGAGGUCUUGAGUUCAAUUCCCAGCAACCACAUGGUGGCUCACAACCAUCUGUAAUGGGAUCUGAUGCCCUUUUCUGGCCUGCAGACAUAUAUGCAGUCAGGACACUGUGUAAAUAAUAAAUCUUAUUUUAAAAAAGGUUUAAAAAAAACAGAUAAGUUACAGUUGAAUUGUAUUCACUCCAGAAUUACUUUGUAAAAACAAAAAUGCAUAUUUAAUAUGACCAGUUGUUAAUGUAUAAAAUAUUCUGUGUAGCAACCCAGAGCAGCAGAACACUUUCUUUUCAUUGGGAUUAUAGUUUUCUUUGCUUAGCUGUGUUUUCCUAAUUGUAUAUACUGAACAACUGUUGUGUAACUUAAAAUACAGAUGAAUACAAUUAUUAUAAAGAUGCCCAGUUUUUGAUAACUUUCUCUUGAAGACGCAUGUUUAUCUUUCUAUAAACACACUCAAUAUAUGAGUACUAGCUGAGCAUGCAUAGUUUUAUGUCAUGAGUUCUAAAGGUGUUUGUUUCUAAUUCAUAUUACAAUGUGAGUAAACCUGAGCUGGGGAUAUAGCUCAGUCAGAGUGUGGGUGCUUGCUAGUACACCCAGAGUCUUGAGUUUGAUCCACAACAUCACCAAAACAAAAUAAAUCUGCUCUUGCCUACA